GUGUUAAGGCAACAGUUCAAAUUAGAUAUUUCGACAGCUCCAUACCAAUUAUUAGCAUCGCACCAAGAUUGUAGUUUUUAUCUUUCACAUGGAAUGAAUGAUGUUCUUGCCAAGCUAUUCAGCAAAUCAAUGUUUAAUAAGAUGUUAGAAAAUUAUUGUUCACAUCUUGUUAUGCCGAAAUUCCAAAGUAUUCUAAGACCAUUUGGUGUCUUCGAUAUGUCAAAAUCAGCUUCUAAUAGUGACAUGUUUUCUUACUCUUCAGAUAUAUAG